CUAAAAAAAUUUUUUGUAAACAAAUGCCAUAUAAAAAAAUUUAAUCAUAUAUAUAUGCAAAAUCACCUUUUUUUAUAAAGAUAAAAUUUAAAACUUUUAUAACAACAUCAAUUGUUCUUCUUUAAUAGUAUCGAUUAACGAAUUGACCUUAUAUAUCCAUUCAAUUGAGUUUCAAUUGCACGUUACAUUCAUUCCAUAAUAUAAUAUUUAAAUUAUUACAUAAAAAACCCCAUAUCAAUUGCAAAAAUUACAAAAUUUUUUUGGCACACAAAACGAAUUACCUCUUAAGCUGAAUAUAAAAACCCCAUCCCAUCCAAUUUUAUUCGUAUUAAAUCAAUUUAAGUAAAGAACUAAUUAAUAAUAAACAUCAAAGAAGAAAAGAAGAAUAUACCUCCACUAUAAACUACCCCAUAUGUCCUUGUUAUAUCAUCCUAUCUCAUCUAAAUCACUUAGUCAAAGAGAUAUAACAGGCUGUUUAACUCCUACUUUACAAUCAGAAUCAAAUACUAGAAAUACUCCCAGUACUCCAACCACUCCAAAGAUGUCUACCAACGAAUUAUAUCAACCUAAGGUUACUAUCCCAACCACAUCCAAUUUUUACCCAAAGUCUUAUUUCACUCCAACUCCAGUUCCAAAUAAUGUAGAAUCAAAUAUUACUAAUCCAGAUGUUACAAAUGGUAAAGAAAAAGAAAUUCAAGCUGCUGCUGCUGCAGUUGUUGCCGCUACAAGUUCAACAUCUACUUCUACUACAAUCUUAUCUCCACCAUUAUCUCCUUACCAAAGAAAUGAUGUUCCUUUAAAUACUGGUGGUGCCUUUUCAAAGCCAAUUAUUACAGUUGAAGAAAAAUCAUUUUUAAAAUCUACUAAUCCAAAUCAACCAUUUAAAAUUGAAAAUUUUAGGGAUUAUAAAUUAACCAUUAAUCCAUAUCCUAAUUCUAGAACAACUACUGAUUAUAAAACAUAUCAUCAAAAUUUUCUUAAUAAUUAUAGUUUGAUCUCUUCAGUUGAAGCUUCAAGAUCUUAUGCUGCUCCAAUUCCAGUAAGAAAAUACACCAAGAGAAAGCAACAACCAACUACCGAUUUCUCUGAUAAUGAUGGGCUGGGUUCUACAUUUGAAAGAAUUAGAACCAGAAGAGUUAUUAAAUCAACUAGAGAUGACUCUUCAUCAGAUUUUGAAGAAUUACCAACAUCAACAGUCACACCAUCUUCAUCUCCAGCUCCAAAGAAGAGAAAGGUUGCUUCUUCUCCUGGAUUCCGUCUGUCAAAUAAUCAGAGUCCUUCAAUUGCUUUACAACAACAAAUGCUUAUUGAUGAAUCAAUUCCUGAUUUAUCACCAAAUGCAUUUGAAACAUUACCACCUAACAAUUCUAAGGCAUUGCGUAUUGAAUGGAAGGGACAACCAAUGGAUUUAUCGAACGAUCCACUUCGUAAUAAAUUGCAUCCAGCUGAAUUAGUAUUGGCUUCAAUUUUAAGAUUACCAGUUGCUGUAUAUUUAGAUUCAAAGAGAAGAUUUUUCUUUGAAAAGAUUGAAAGAUUUAAACAAGGUAAACAAUUCAGAAGAACUGAUGCUCAAAAAGCUUGUAGAAUAGAUGUUAAUAAGGCAUCUAGAUUAUAUGCUGCUUUUGAAAAGGUUGGAUGGUUGAAGGAUGAACAUUUCAAGAAAUAUUUAUAAGACCAUCAUUAUUAAGUAAACUACAAUUCAUUUUAUUUCGUUUCGGUUAUUUUUAUUAUUUGGAGAAUUUUUUAGAACAAAACAGUAUACUAUGUCAAAUCAUAUUUGGGUAAAUUAAAUAAAAAGGCAAUCACAGGAAGAAAGGAAAAACAAACAAACAAACAGACAAGAAACA